AGCUCAACAUUUCACACACCAACAUUUAAAUAGAAUCAGCUUGAAUUUAUCUUGAUGUCUUAUUAUGAAGCAUUCAGUCAUUCUCAGACUGCUCACAUAGUAGUGCUGCUUACAUCCCUUUCCCUAGAUGUACAUUAGUAAUGAAUGUGAUGAACAGUCAUUCCAAUAUGAUGUAUGGUAUUUCAUUAAAUGAUGUAAUGAGACAGAAAUUCAAUGAACAAUAAUAACUAAUGUUUUCUGUUUUACAUGAUCAUUAUUCAUGACUCUCCAUCUUGGAUAAUGGAUGAUCAGCAUUAGGUGAGUAAUUAUUUGUCUGUUUUGUUUAUUGACAACCAAUAACACAAGACAAAGAACAGACCAGAGUGUUAAUCUGAUACUAUAAAAACUACAGGCCUUGUGAACAGCAGUGUGUCUUCUUCAAGGCUACAAAUUAAAUCAGUUUCUUUACAUUUAUCAAUACUCUCCCCAAAUGUUCUCAAGGUAGGUUGGAUUAUGAUGUCAGAUGUUCUUCAGAUUCUACUGAAUGUAUAUUCCAUAGAACCCUGCCUCCUGACACAAUAUCCUGUAUCUGCCAUAGAGCCCAAUGCUGGUUAUCACUAACAAUGAACAUAAUCAUUUGAUCAGAGAUAGGACAAUAACAAAACAACAUUAUUUAUGAAGUUAACCAGAUCUCAUUGGUGCCCACAGUUCCUACAUGAGGGAGGCUUGCGUGACAGGAGAAAUCUGAUUGGUCCUGUUUGCUCUGUAUAUAGUGAUGUAGUCCACCACACAGAACUCACCUCUCUGUUUUACACCAUAGCCUCAGGAUCAGAGUACUUACAACAUGAGACCCAGGAGGACAAGCUGAAGAGGGAGGCAUCAGCUGGUGAGCUUGAGUUGAAGAUGGAAGAAAAUAAAUUAAAAGAGAAAUUAAGACAGGAGAUGAUGAAACAACUAGAGGAGAAAGACACACAACUGGAUGAUAUGACCCAGGAAGUGAGAGAGAAAGAGAGACUCCUGGAGGAGAAGAACCAGAUAAUGGGACAGAGGGAGAAACUAUUAGAAGAGAAAGAAAACCAACUGGAAGAGAAAGACAAGCAACUAAAGGAUAGAGACAUUCAACUAGAGGCACUGAGAAAGAACCUGCAGGACAAGAACAGCCAAGUAGAGAACUUCAGAGUCCUACUGCAGGAAAAAGACCUUCAACUAGAGGACAGCAACCACAGACUGGGAGAGAAGGACAGACUACUGGAAGAGAGAAACAAACUACUGGAAGAGAGAGACAAACUACUGGAAGAGAGAGACAAACGACUAGAAGAGAGAGACAAACGACUAGAAGAGAGAGACAAACGACUAGAAGAGAGAGACAAACGACUAGAAGAGAGAGACAAACGACUAGAAGAGAGAGACAAACGACUGGAAGAGAGAGACAAACUACUGGAAGAGAGAGACAAACUCCUGGAAGAGAGAGACAAACGACUGGAAGAAAGAGACAAGGUGCUGGAGGGAAAAGAGAAUGAACUAAAAGAGAGGAAGCAGGAAGUAGAAGAGAAAGAUAACCUACUAGAGGAGAGAGAGAAGCAGUUAAAGGAAAGAGACAAACAGGUGGAGGAUGUCAACAAUGAAAAUGCUGAACUGGCUCAACAGAUAUGUGAUGUGAAGACUGAGGUAGAGAGACUGAGAAGAGAGAUCUCAGCCCAGAUGACUGAACCUGGAGAGACGUCAGAUACAGGUUCCAUACUCCCAGUCAGGAGGAGACACAGCAUGGAUGAUCCUCCAGACAUGGGAGGAGAGACCUCAGAUACAGACCCCACACUUCCACAGAGGAGGACAAACAGCAUGGAGUUAAUUCCUCCAGAUAUGGGGGGAGAGAGCAGCAGUCCAGACUCCCCAGUGUCUCCCAGUGUGUCUGAGCUGAGACUGGUGCUGCUGGGGAGGACUGGGGCUGGGAGGAGUGCAGCAGGAAACACCAUCCUGGGCAGAGAGGAAUUUGGGGCCCAGGCCAGCCCCUCUGCAGUGACCCAGAGGAGUAAGAGGAGAGAGGGGGACGUGUGUGGCAGACGGCUGGUGCUGGUGGACACUCCAGACUGGUUCUGUCCUGGACUCUCUCUGGAGGAGAUAAGACAGGAUGUGGGGCUCUGUGUCCGUCUGUCUGCCCCGGGACCCCACGCCUUCCUCCUGGUCAUACCAGUGGAGCCCUCUAAGGGGGAGGAGAGAGGGGUGCUGGAGAGAAUAGAGGAGAUGUUUGGGGAGGGUUGUUGGGAACACACUGUGAUUCUAUUCACUCAUGAUGAUGGCCUGAAAGAGCAGAGCAUUGAGGAGUUUCUCCAAGCAGGAAGUCAGGACCUCCAGCAGCUUGUAGGGAUAUGUGGGAGCAGGUACUACGUCCUCAACAUUAAGGACAGGGCCCAUGAAACUCAGGUAUCAGAGCUGCUGGAUCAGGUAGAGGAGAUGGUGGCAGGAAACAGAGAGAGAUUCUACAGCAGUCAGACCUACCAGGAGGCAGAGACCCAGGUUAGAGAAAUGGAGGGAAAGAUCCAGAGAGAGAGAAGAGAGAGGAAACAGAGGGAAGAGAGAGACUUGAGAGAGAGGCUUGAGAAGGAGCUGCAGGAUUCUAUGAAGGAGAAAGAUGGAGAGAUCCAGAAGCUCAAGAGAGAUAUCAGAAUUCUCAGAGAACGAAUAACAGAACUGGAGAGACAGGUGAAAGAAGAGAGGGAUGAGGAGAAGAAAAUAGAACUGGAGAGGGAGCUGAAGAGGGAGUCUGAUAGGAGGGAGGAGAUUGAGAGAGAAGAGCGAGAAUGAGAGGAGGGAGAUGGAGGAGAGACACAAACAGGAGAUAGAGGAGAUGAUGGAGAACUAUGAAGGAGAGGCCAGAGUUGAAGCAGAGAGAAACCUGAUGAAAAUAGUCCUACCUGAGUUACAGAGGAACAUCAUGAUCUCACAGACAAAGAUGCAGAGGGAGUUCAGCAGACAGAUGGAGGAGAAGAAUAGACAGAUGAAGGAGAAGGAUCGACAGAUGGAGGAGAGGCACAGACAGGAGAUAGACGAGAUGAUGGAGAACUAUGACGGAGAGGCCAGAGUCAGAAACCUUCUGAAAACAGUCCUUUAUAUUCUUAUAUAUAUUUUUUACCUUUAUUUAACUAGGGAAGUCAGUAAAGAAUAAAUUCUUAUUUUCAGUGACGGCCGAGGAACAGUGGGUUAACUGCCUUGUUCAGGGGCAGAACAACGUAUUUUUACCUUGUCAGCUCUGGGAUUCGAUCUUGCAACCAUUCGGUUACUAGUCCAAUGCUCUAACCACUAGCGGUUGUCCAUUCAAAACCUGACUCCAAAACUUGAUUCCAACUCUUUUUAUUGGAUAUCCAAACAGACACACAGAGAAAUAUCAGUAUUAUGUUGCUUGUUUUACUAUAUAGAAAGUGUUUUGUUGCUUUGUAUCACACAUAGUAUUUGUUACUUCAACAAUAUUGUAUUAAAUCAGUAUCACUAAAUACCA